GGCGUUUACGCCUCUCUGGGACUGCCGCCGCCGCUAUCUUCCGCCGGUAGCAAGAUGGCCGACACCCUGGUCCUCCGCGGCACGAUGCGUGGCCACUCAGACGUGGUUACAGCAAUCGCCGCUCCCAUCGACAACUCCGACAUGAUCGUCUCCUCUUCCCGGGACAACUCCAUCCUCGUCUGGCACCUCACCAAGGACGCCCCCGCCGCCAGCCUUGAGGGUACCGGAGGGGGUUCUUCCUAUGGCGUGCCCCGGCGUCGCCUCACCGGCCACUCCCACUUUGUUCAGGAUGUGGUCCUCUCUUCCGAUGGCCAGUUUGCCCUGUCUGGCUCCUGGGAUGGAGACCUUCGCCUCUGGGACCUCGCAACUGGCCUCACCACCCGCCGCUUCUGUGGUCACACCAAGGACGUCCUCUCCGUCGCCUUCUCCGUCGACAAUCGCCAGAUAGUGUCGGCCUCCCGUGACCGCACCAUCAAGCUUUGGAAUACUCUUGGGGAGUGUAAGUACACCAUUCAGGAUGCCGAUGCACACACUAACUGGGUCAGCUGCGUCCGCUUCAGUCCCAAUGCUUCACUGCCCACCAUAGUCUCUGGCUCAUGGGACCGCACUGUGAAAGUCUGGAACUUGACGAACUGCAAACUGCGAUGCACUCUUGCUGGCCAUGGUGGCUACGUCAACACAGUUGCCGUUAGCCCCGAUGGUUCCCUCUGUGCUAGUGGUGGCAAAGAUGGAGUCACGCUUCUCUGGGAUUUAGCUGAGGGGAAACGCCUUUAUUCCCUUGAUGCAGGGGCCAUCAUUCACUCGCUUUGCUUCAGCCCCAACCGUUAUUGGCUUUGUGCCGCCACUCAGGAGAGCGUCAAGAUUUGGGAUCUCGAGAGCAAGUCCGUUGUGCAGGAUCUUAAGCCUGAGACCACUUCCACCAAGAACCAGAUGCUGUACUGCACAAGUUUGACAUGGAGCGCCGAUGGUAGUACUCUUUUCACUGGUUACACCGACGGUACCAUCAGAGUGUGGGAGAUACGAUACUAGAGACAUCGAAAGAACUUAUCCAUUUUGGAGUUGAAGAUUUCACUAGCCGUAAUUUCAUUUUUGUAUGACACUAAAUGUUAUCGAUGCAUUCCUAGCUUCUCAAGAUACUGAGUCCGUUUUAUGUUCUCUUCUGUCCGUCCAUGUUAUUUCAAGUUACUUUUGUCUAGCUGUUGACAGGGUUCUUGUAACUUAAUCAAUUGCUUGCUUUAUAAGAUAGUUCCUCUUUAGUUCCUA